GCCCCAAUCUUCUCUCAUGUCGUCGUCGUGCCUUGUGUUGGGCAUGUCUUCUAGUGCACGCAAGAGAAGGAUCCGUCUUGAAGCUGAGGCCAGUCAGGCCGCCGUACUGGCCAUGGCACGCCGUACUCGAAAAUGGGGUGGGUCGGUUCCAAUGCAUCGUGUCAUUUUGAGGGAUAGGGAAGCAGCGUGGGCCGAGCUUCACAAGCGUUAUUUCGCAGAACAUCCAAUGUUCGAUGAUGCCACAUUCCGGCGCCGGUUUCGGAUGAAGAGAAGCUUAUUCAAUAGGAUAUAUGAGAAGCUUGCCGCUAAGAACGAAUAUUUCCAGCAGAGACCGGAUGGCAUUCGACGCUUGGGUUUUCAUGGCAAGCAUAAGUGCGUCGUGGCUAUGCGAAUGCUUGCCUAUGGCACUAUAGCCGACUCCCUUGAUGAUGGGUAUGCCAUGGCAGAGAGUACCGUGUUGGAAUGUGUUAAGGAGUUUGCUAGCACGGUCAUUGCUGAGUUUGAAGAUGAUUACCUGCGACCACCUAACCGGGCUGAGCUGAAUCGUAUUCUUCCAGAGAAUGAGGCUCGAGGAUUUCCCGGGAUGAUUGGUAGUAUCGAUUGCAUGCAUUGGGAGUGGGGUGCUUGUCCGGUUGGUUGGCAAGGGCAGUAUGUUGGAUGAAAGGGUCGACCGACUGUUGUCCUUGAGGCUAUUGCAACAAAAGACUUGCGUGUGUGGCAUGCAUUUUUCGGAAUGCCGGGUUCAAGCAAUGACCUCAAUGUGUUGGAUCGGUCUCAUGUGUUUGAUGAUCUGUUGAAUGGAAGAACUCACCCUGUAGAAUUCUUUGUGAAUGGAAAUAAGUAUGACAUGGCUUAUUAUCUAGCUGAUAAGAUAUAUCCUGAUUGGGCGACGUUUGUUAAAACUAAGAGUGACCCUAUGAAUCCCAAGGACAGUACAUUUGCUGAAGCUCAAGAAGCUGCAAGAAAGGAUGUGGAGCGCUGUUUCGGUGUUCUCCGGUCCAAGUUUCGGAUUAUUCAGCAAGCAGGCAGACUGUGGAGUCCUCAGGAUAUGAAUACUAUAAUGCGGGCAUGUAUCAUUCUUCACAACAUGGUUAUAGAGUCGGAGAGAGACAUGGAGACAGAUGAGAACGAGUUUCGUGAGGCCAAUGACCCACCAAUGGUCAGGGACAGAACAGUUGCCGAACUCAAUGACUUCAUGGCUGCAUACCAUAAGAUCCAGGACCGGCCUAACUCACACCGCCUGCAACAAGAUCUCAUCGAUCACCAUUGGAGCUUGAAAGGAAAUGAAUUAGGGCCAUAUGCGCGUAGGGCUCGUUAGUAGUGGACAUUCGACAUAUCUGAUCAGUAGUUGAAGUAGUGUGAUUUUGUGUUCAGUGUGUUGCUGUGGUGGCAGAUCACUGUAAUUUCAGAUUACGUACUUGAAGUACCCGUAGUGUGAUUUUGUGUUCAGUGUGUUGCUGUGGUGGCAGAUCACUGUAAUUUCAGAUUACGUACUUGAAGUACCCGUAGGUGAUUUUGUGUUCAGUGUGUUGCUGUGGUGGCAGAUCACUGUAAUUUCAGAUUACGUACUUGAAGUACCCGUAGGUGAUUUUGUGUUCAGUGUGUUGCUGUGGUGGCAGAUCACUGUAAUUUCAGAUUAGGUACUUGAAGUAUUCGUAGGUGAUUGUG